UUUCUCAGGGGUCUUUGCUUUCCUUUCACUCUGUCCCUUCAUUGUUCCUGCUUCUCACAUCACUCUGAAGGCUUUGUUCCUCCGUGCAGCUGAGAGAGAACCAGGUCUGCAGGCUAAAACCCACACCGGRUCCACAGACCUCAGGGACAUGGAACCUGGAUUCUGUGCCACAAACUGAUUGGACACCUCAGGGGCUCCUCCCCCAGCCGAGACCGUCCCACCUCUGCAGGACUCACCUGUGAAAGCUGCUGCAGCAACAGUCCCGCUCACCAUCAGGAGCGAAGCCUGAGCCAGGAAAGACCUGAAGAUCUGAGCCACAUUGAGCAUCAUGGCCUCCACCUCCACGCGCAGCUUCUCGGUGCGGCAGCCGUCCUUCUCCAGUGUUUCUGUGAGGGACAGCGGACGCAGCCUUCGCUCCAAGCCCAUCGUCUCUCCCCUGUCCACCAUCAACACUCUGUCCCUGUCCCGCUCCGUGUCCAUGGGAAACGGCCUCAACAUGCUGGGCUCCAGCCUCUCCCUCAACGGCCUCGGCGCCAGCGACAAGGAGACCAUGCAGGGCCUGAACGACAGGCUGGCCAACUACCUGGACAAGGUCAGGUCCCUGGAGAGGUCCAACGCUGAGCUGGAGGCCAAGAUCAAGCAGCUCAUGCUGGAGAAAAACCCAAAGUGUCACGACAUCGACGGGAUGAUGGCUCAGGCUCAUGCCAUCGGGCAGGAGGUGCGAAAGAGAACGCUGGAGAACGCCCGCAUCAUGCUGGAGAUCGAUAACGCCAAGCUGGCAGCCGAUGAUUUUCGGGUGAAAUGGGAAGCYGAGGCCUCUCUGUGCCAGUCGGUGGAGAGGGACUGUCAGGCUCUGAAGAGAGCAAAGUCGGACCACGAUCAGAUCAUCGCCACCCUGCGAGGAGACCUGGACAGCCUGAAGGAGGAGCUGUACUACCUCAAGAAGAACCACGAUGAGGAGAUGAGCACCCUGAAGGCGCGUCUCGCCAACGAGCAGGUGAACGUGGAGGUGGACGCAGCUCAGGGGCCCGACCUCGGGGCCAUCAUCGCCGAGCUGAGGGUCCAGUACGAGGGCAUCGCUCGCAAGAACAAGGAGGAGGCCGAGGCCUGGUACCUGAAGAAGCUCGAGGCCAUUCAGUCGGAGGUCAAGGAGAGCAACGAGGCGCUGCGCUGUGCUCAGAGCGAGCUCAGCGAGAGGCGCCGGUUCCUGCAGGCUCUGGAGGUCGAGCUUGACAGUCUUCGGAGACAGGUGAGCGUGUUGGAGGGGAACCUGGGAGAAAUCGGACACAAAUACUCAGUGGAGAUGGACCGUCUUCAGGCCACGCUGGUGCACUUGGAGGACGAGCUGUCUCAGCUGCGUUUGGACAUGCAGCGCAACAAAACCGACUACGAGCAGCUGCUGCGCAUCAAGCAGAACCUGGAGAUGGAGAUCGCAACGUACAGGAGGCUGCUGGAGGGCGAGGAAAUGGUGAAACAAACUCCACCUCCUAAAAAAGACCCCGAGGUGCGGACCAGAAAGAUCGUAAAAGUCGUCACGCAGACGAUGAUUAACGGGAAGGUGGUGGAUGAAUCCAGUGAGACGGAGCAGAUCGAAGACAGCAAGAAAUGAGCCGAAACGUCUUUAAUCCAAAGUACCUGCUUCUUUAUUUUCACCCUGGAAGUUUUUUUUAAAACACAAGACAGAAAACGAUUAAACGAAAGAUUAAAAUUUCCAAACAUUGUUAUUUUAUUUCAUAUUUCCACUCAUAUCUGCUGUUUUCAUUCAACUUCAUCGCCUUGAUCAGGUUUCUACUUUACUUGAAGAAAUAAAUUAACAAUUUCAGAAUAAAUCAA